UUCUAGAACUUGUGUUCGGUGUGGUCGGUGCGGUGUCUCUCUUCUCUCUCCUCGUAUUCUCGGUGUGACUCUGCGAGAAAGUUUAAUUGUUACGUUAAUUUUGAACGAGUAAAAGUUAAUUGUUCUCGUGAAUUAGUGUGAAAGAGAGGAAUUCACUAUGUCUGCAAUCAGUAUGUUGAACCCGAAGGCGGAGUUCGCUCGGGCGGCUCAGGCCUUGUCGAUUAAUAUCUCAGCUGCACGUGGAAUCGCGGAGGUCAUGAAAUCCAAUUUGGGCCCGAAGGGAACAAUGAAGAUGUUGGUUUCCGGUGCUGGCGAUAUCAAGUUGACAAAGGAUGGGAAUAUUCUUCUUCAUGAAAUGCAAAUCCAACACCCUACGGCAUCUCUGAUCGCUAAGGCCUCAACUGCACACGAUGAUGUUGUGGGGGAUGGAACGACGUCAAUUGUCCUGUUGAUUGGGGAGAUCAUGAAACAGGCGGAUGCCAUCAUUUCGGAGGGGGUGCAUCCCAGAAUUAUCGUGGAUGGGUUGAACAUUGCAAAAGAGUCGGCCUUAGAAGUAUUGGAAGGUUUAAAAUUGGAUUUGCUCAUGGGUCGUACCGUAUUUGUUGACGUAGCACAAACAGCUUUGAGAACCAAGAUUCACCCAAAGUUGGCAGAUCACCUUGCUGAGUUGUGUGCUGAUGCCGUGUUAAGUGUAGUUGAGGAGGACGGAAAAACUGCGGAUCUGCACAUGAUUGAAAUGAUGGAAAUGCAACAUCGAAAUGAGUACGAUACUUGUUUAGUUAAAGGAUUGGUUAUGGAUCAUGGUGGCCGUCAUCCAGACAUGCCAAAGUCGUUGAAGAACUGUUUCAUUUUGACUUGUAAUGUGUCUUUGGAGUAUGAGAAAACGGAAGUGAAUUCCGGAUUCUUCUACAAGACUGCUGAAGAAAGGGAAAAGUUGUUGUCUUCUGAACGUGAAUUUAUUGAUCAACGAGUCAAGAAGAUUGUGGAGUUAAAGAACCAAGUCUGCCCUAAGGAUAGUGACAAGUCUUUUGUCGUCAUCAAUCAAAAAGGUAUUGAUCCCAUCAGUUUGGAUAUCUUGGCCAAGAAUGGAAUUCUCGCUCUGCGACGGGCUAAACGACGAAAUAUGGAACGUCUUUCUUUGGCAUGUGGAGGAAUGGCUAUGAAUUCUUUCGAUGACAUGACUGCAGAUUGUCUUGGAUAUGCUGGAUUAGUUUAUGAACACGUUUUGGGGGAAGAUAAGUAUACUUUUGUGGAAGAAUGCAAAAACCCCAAGAGUGUCACUCUCUUGUUAAAAGGGCCCAUGAAACACGGCAUUGUUCAAAUGAAGGAUGCAAUUCGUGAUGCAAUUCGUUCUGUGUACAACGCUAUGCAGGACGGUUGUGCCAUUCCUGGUGCAGGUGCUUUUGAAAUGUUAGUAUCCAAAAAACUAACCAUGCAAGCCUCCCAGAUUAAGAAUCGCUCUGUUUUGGGCGUGAACUUGUUUGCACAAGCAAUCCUUGUCAUCCCAAAAACUUUAGUCAUGAACGCAGGCCAUGACCCUCAGGAGGCCAUCCUUAGUUGUAUGUCUUCGGACAAUUCGGACGGCAGCGGUGAUUUCUAUGUAGGUGAACCACUUCAGGCACGCGGGGUUGAUCUUAACACUGGCAAGUGGAUAGAAUCUGGCUGGGCUGGAAUUUAUGACAUCUACGCUGCCAAGAGGCAAAUGAUUGAUGCCAGUAUCGUUGUCGCCACCAAUCUUUUGCUAACUGAUGAAAUCAUGCGAGCUGGUCUAUCCUCAUUGAAAUAAUUCAUCCAUACAUCUCUACUUAUUAAGAUGAACGGACCAUACACUACUACAUCACAUUCUUCCGUUUUUCAUUAUUAACCCAUAAUAAUAUUACACUUAUUCCUUUUCAUUUGUAAUACGCAAGUUUUUUAUUGCACCUUUUAUAUUCCCCACUCAACUUAUGUAUGUCUCUCUCUCCAUUAUCUUGUUUUCAACAUUGUCAUUAGAGCAUUGUUACCAAAUACAUUCACUAUUGCUCAUCAUCAGUAUCCGUAUCAGGGCAAAAAUAUCUGUACAAUAACAUUAUCUGCAUAUGUCAAAGAGUCUUCAACUCUCCCUAAAUUCUUACCCUCUCUCAAUUCCUAUUAAUCGCCGGCAUAAUAAAAAAAAUAUUAUGAUAUAUAGAUACAUAGCAUUUUUCUAUAUGAAAGACUAAAAAAAGCUUGUUUUUGAAUAAACUUGAAGAAACAAUAAAUCGUCCUCACAAAUUG